AUGACAAGCCUCCUCCCCGAAAGGGACGUUAAACAGGUGGAGCAAACGGUGCAGAAGACAGCACAGCUGUCCCAGAACAAUUCUGCUGUUACUCAAGUCACCAAAGUGAGAAGUGAUCAUGUUGCUCCCAUCUACGUCAUCAACCUUCUCAUUGCCGACAUCCUUCAGUUCUGCUACAUGAUCACUGAUGUGACACCAAAUAAUGAACAGAUAAAUGACAUCUUCUUAUGCAUUAACCUCUUUGGUCUGAUUGCCAGUAUUUACUUCAUGGUCUGCAUCGCCCUGGAAAGGUAUUUGGUCAUCGUCCACCCGCUGUGGUACCGCUUCAGACGAACCAUCAAGAGCUCUGUGGUGCUCUGUGUCCUGGUCUGGGUUAUUACUCUUCUGUCUGUCUGUGUUGUUCUUUUCGUUCACGUUGUUAGUGUGGUCAUAUACAUAAUUAACGCUGUCCUCCUCCUUCCCUUCCCACUGUUAAUCUUCUUCCUGGUUGGGACCCUCAGAGCCCUGUCUGCUUCCAUCUCGGUCCCCUCUGAUGAAAAACGAAGAAUUGUGGGAGUUUUGGUUCUGGUGCUGCUUAUUUACACGCUGCUGUUCCUGCCCAGCAUAAUGGUUUUUUUAGACACAAAUGAUUACAUCGUCACCAUCGUGUCACAAACAUUUCGUAGGUUGAGUCCUCUUGCAGACUUGUUCCUGUAUGUCUUCAUGAGGAAAGGGUUCAUAGACAAGCUUUUGGCCUCUGUGUGUUGCUGCAGAAUGGACAGCAAUGAUAUCAGCAGUCCAUUAGUAUGA